UCUUCUCCCACCAAAUAGGAAUCCUGCAAACAGCAAAAAUAAUUGCUGCCCCAGUUUAUUUGAUUUGGUGUGUAAAACCAGUUUUGUCUGCUCGUCUUAUCAGUAAUUGUCAUGUUGCCUCCUUAACGCUAGUGGGCGCUGUUUCUGAAUGCAAACUUUUCAAUUCAAACAAGAUGGCAGCGCCCUGUGAGCCCUGUGCAGGACUGAAGACACGAAUCCAACAUUAAAAAAAAUAAAGAUAAACUAAGCGUGACGGCAUUGUUAAAUGCAGGUAUGUUUAAAACAGUAAAAUACUUCUUUUAUGUCUUUUAUAUCGUCAACGUGUGAACGUGGACAGCGAAAGAUGAGCCAUGACAGCUGCAGGAAAACCAUCUAAGAAAGAUCUCAAAAAGCAUAUCCAAAGUAAGGCCUCCUUCACAUCACCCUUCAGUUCAAAAUGGAGCCCACUUUUACCGAAGGACAAGGAUUUCAUCCUGAGAACUUUAAAGGACAAAAUAAUCGCCACAGGCCUGGAGAAGAAAGAGGAGAAAACUCCUCGUCAGUGGAGGAAAAAGAAGGAGAAUAAACCAGAUGCUGCUGCAGCUCCUGUUCCCCAGAUAGGAGAGGAGGCGCAAGGGUCCAACCCGACCAGAAACGGCUGGCCAGGCUCGGUGGCCAGACGGCAGCUGGCCAUCGGCAUCAACGAGGUCACCAAGGCACUAGAGAGGAACCAGCUCCAGCUGCUGCUUGUUUGUAAGUCCGUCAGACCGCAUCUCAUGACGAACCACCUGAUCGCUCUGAGCGCAACGAGAGGCGUGCCGGCCUGCCAGGUGCCCCGCAUGAGCGAGACUGUGGCGGCGCACCUGGGGCUCAAAAGCCUCCUCGCUCUGGGGUUCAGACGGUGUUCUUCUGAAGACAAGGAGAUGUUCAGGGACACGGUGGAUGCCAUUAAACCCAGAGUGCCUUCACUGGAAGUUGAUUGGCUGACAGAUGAAGCAGCUGCAGUGCCAGUUGAACUCACGGCCGACCUGGAGGAGGGAGAGGAGCAGACGGAGGAGGCGAAGGAGGAGGAAGGAGGGAGAAGAGCACAAAAACGGAAGCUGGAGAUUGAAUCUGAAAUCACAGACUCUGCCUUGUCCUGUGUUCUGCGGCCUCUGAAAGUAAAGAGAAUUGUUCCAAACCCUGCUAAGAAAAGAAGAACAAAACUGAAGAAACAGAAAUGAGACCUUCACCUGUUGCUUCUGUUGUUUUAUUUUGUUUGCGUAAUGUUGAAACUUUGACAGCCAUCAAAACAGCUUUAACCGUAUCAGUUUUGAUGAAUUGAUCUGAUCUUUUUACUGUUUUGUGAUAAAACAUUAUAGUUUGCAGCUGUAUAGCUACGACAUUUCUUCUUUUAUGAACCUUGUUUGUAAUGCUUAAAAGUUGUUCUGCAAAAUCUAAUAAAAUACAAUUCUGUUCAAGUUAA